GGACUGGGGGGAAAGAACGGACGACGGGGUUCGUUCUCUCCUCCCCAAGCAGCGGCCGAAGAUUGGUGACCUGAGGUGGAGGGACGUGGCGAGCGCGGGGGAGCACGCCGUCUCUCGUGCUCCCUCUCUCCCCUGCUCCCCUUUCCUGUGGGUCUCUCACACCCUCCUCUCUCUACCUCUCUCUCUCUCUCUCGUGUUGCCUCCCAGGAGCAUUGCUUGUCCACAGUGACUGUGGCGACGUCCAUGGUGAGUUGAUUGAUUGGCGCUACUGAGGUCGGAAUUAGCAUCGCAGAAUCGGCUUUCCAAGGGCUCAAUGGUAGUUUGCGUGUGAUUCAUCACUUCCCGCUCAAGCCGCUCCUGUUACCCGCCCAAUUGCGCCUGUGGCUCUCGGCGGUCCUUAUCGCCUCCAACGUCCGGAGCAGUGCUCAGGGACUGUCGUCUUCCACCCCACGUUUUCUUCCCCAUCUCUGUCGCUUGUUCUCUGUAGUUGUGCCAUCACCUCUCUUUCUCUGGGUGUUUCUGUAUAACUGCCUCCGGGUUCUCUCAGGCGCGCUUCUUCCCGCUCUGUACACACGAGCAUGUAAUCUGUCUGCUCACGGACAAAUCAAUCCCGUUGUCCCUGUGCUCUUGGUGACCCUUGCCGCCGCCAAAGGUCAUAAGCCGAGGUUCAGGGUUUGUCGUCAGCCAACUAUUAUUUCCUUACGCGCACCUCUCGUUCCCUCCCAUUUUCCCUUCUCCCCCCUCCACCCUCCUACGCCCUCCUCCACCCUCCUCCACCCUCCUCCACCCUUUUUUCCGCGCCUCCCUCUCUCCCUGUGGUGCUUUCUGGCUGUGCCUCAGGUAAUUGUUGGCGUGCGUAGCGAGCGCGCUCCUUCCCCUCUCUCUUCUCAUGAGAAUUUUAUCGACCGGCUCUCUCGUUAGCCUAACCCUCCUCUCGUUUCUGUUCUCGUCCUCUUUUGCCUUGUCUAGUAGCCGCUGGUGAAAGCUAACUCUCCCCCCCCUCCUCCAUCUUACCUCCCCUGUUUUCAUUACUACGCACUAAGUUGUCGUAGCUAUGGGGUCCGAAGAGGAGGUCAUCACGAUUCAGGCCAUCGAUGGCGCAGGCGUCUUCAAACUUCAGGACCUGGAGGGCUUCGCUCGAACUGUUCAUUUGGCAGAGUGCGGGCUUUCCUACGCGGUCGUGUCAAUUAUGGGCCCACAGAGCAGCGGCAAGAGCACACUUCUUAACCAUAUGUUUGGGACAAGGUUCAAGGAGAUGGACGCCCUGAGAGGAAGGACACAGACGACUCAGGGCGUUUGGUUGGCGAAAGCAAAAGGGGUGGAGCCCACAACAUUGGUGUUUGAUUUGGAAGGCACUGAUGGGCGAGAAAGAGGAGAGGAUGAUACAACGUUUGAGAAACAAAGCUCCUUGUUUGCCCUUGCAGUUUCAGAUAUUGUUUUAAUCAACAUGUGGUGUCAUGAUAUCGGGCGUGAGCAGGCGGCAAACAAACCACUGUUGAAGACUGUUUUCCAGGUUAUGAUGAGACUGUUCACCCCAAGGAGAACUUUGCUGUUGUUCGUUAUUCGAGACAAGACAAGGACUCCGCUCUCUACGUUGGAGCCAAUCUUGAGGGAGGACAUCCAGAAGAUUUGGGAUAGUGUUCCAAAGCCGAAGGGCAAGGACUUGAAGAUCUCUGAUUUCUUCCAGGUCGAGGUCACUGCGCUGCCCAACUUUGAGUUGAAAGAGGAAGAGUUCCAUCGGGCAGUCAUAGAACUACGGGAUCGAUUCCAGAACUCUAUCUCCCCUGGUGGUCUUGCAGGGGAUCGGAGAGGAGCUGUGCCUGGAACCGCUUUCUGCCUCAGUACCAGUGGGAUGUGGAACGUCAUUAAGGAGAACAAGGACCUGGAUCUGCCUGCCCAUAAGGUCAUGGUAGCCACAGUACGAUGUGAAGAAAUCGCCAAUGAGAAGUUUGCCAAUCUGCAACAGGAUGAGGGAUGGUUAGAGCUGGAGGCCACGGUCAAACUGUCGACUAUGUUUGGGUUUGGCAAAAGGGCUGGUGUCCUCCUUUCAAAAACCAUGGACGAGUAUGAUGCAGAAGCUACAUAUUUCGAUGAGACAGUCAGAGAAGAGAAGCGAAAGAACUUGCUCGUGAAGGCACUGGAGUUACUGGAAGGAGCGUUUCAGGCCAAUCUCAAGCACAAGAGGCUUGCAGUUAUGGAUAAGUUUGAGGCGGAACUUGCUGCUGAAAUCCACCAGAAGGGUGAUCGGCCUAUUUUGUUUGCUGAAGCUGUCCGGGCCUGCACUGCAAAAGCCUUAUCUGACUUCCAAGUUCUUGCAGAUGACUCUUUUGUCGAAGGUUCUGGCUGGGAUGUCGGUCGGAUCCGUGACAAGCUUAAGAGCGAUAUCGACAAAUAUGCAAUGCAUGUCAGAACAGAGAAGUUGGGUGCUAUAUCAUCGUCAUUGCAGAAGCGGUUAGUGAUGGCAGUUGCGGAUCCCGUUGGGGCUGUUCUGGAGGCAGGAGGCCCAGACACAUGGCCAUCAAUCCGACAGCUGCUUGCCAAGGAGACAGCCGAUAUUGUGAAAGCAUUUGAGAAGGCAGUGAAGGGAUUUGAAUUGGAAGCAAGUGUAGAGGCGGAGAUGAAAAAGGAGUUGAUUGAUUCGGGAAGGCUGGCUAUCAUAAAGAAGACAAAGGAUGAGGCAGCUCAAGCAGCAUACCGCAUGAAGGACAGGUUCAACACAAUUUUUGCGCGGGACAAGGAUUCAAUGCCAAGGGUGUGGACAGGCAAAGAGGACAUAAAGGCAAUCACAAAAGAUGCAAGGACAUCGUCUCUCAAGUUGCUGUCGACUCUUGCAGCUGUUAGGCUUGAGUCACCGGCAAAGAGCUCUAAGACAGAUGUCAUCGAGAAUGCUCUGCUGCACUUGAUGGAAGCAGAAGCACAGGCAGCUGACCUCUCUCCAUCAUCAUCUGGGAACUUCACAAAUGUCACCAGGAGCAUCACCAAUGUCUUCGGUUCCAGCGACAGCGGCGACAAUUCUCCAGCAAGUGUACUAGCUUCCAGUUCUUGGCCAGGGGUCGAGGCGGACUUUAUGAUGCUAUCACCUUCACAAUGCAGGAAUUUGUGGAGGAUAUUCAAGACAGAGACAGAGUACACAAUUAGCCAGGCUCUCCAAGCUCAGGAACUCGCUCGGAAGAACAAUUCAUGGCUGCCGCCAAAAUGGGCAGUUAUUGCGAUGCUGGUGCUAGGUUUCAACGAGAUGAUGGCCGUUGUCAGGAACCCUUUCCUGGCGAUAUUCCUUCUGGUAUUCUUCUUCCUGGCCAAGGCUCUCUUUGUACAGCUUGAUAUUGUUGGGAGCUUCUCACACGGAUUCUUGCCGGGCAUGUUGACCAUCAGCACCAGGCUUGUUCCUGCGUCAAUGGCCGCAAUGAGGAAGUUGUGCGAAGAUGUGCCGGCGCAAAUCGCAUCGGGGCCUCAGAGAAUUCAGUCGUUCAUUCAAUCUCAGGCCGCAGCAGGGAAACCAGAGAAGACACAGAAGAGUGAGAUCGCGAUGCAGCAAUUUGCAGAGGACAGUGAAGGUGCCCAGCCUAACCCAAAUACAGCUGCAAGUGACAAUCUGAGACAACGGAACCCCUAUAUGGCACAAGAGUAAAGGGUGUGCUGUCUUCAGAUUCUCUUGCCAUUCGCAUUUCUAGUCACGCCAAAGGUUGAUUGGUGGGGAGCUCCAAGGACGGGUGGAACUGGUAUGGAGGGCAACUUAUGCUGUCACAGGUAGCAAAGGGCAAGACAUCUAGGGGGUUGGAAAAGAAGAGAAGUCGGAGGGCAAUGUAGAGGUUAGCGGUUCACAGGACUUCAAGGGAGUGGCAGGGGGAAAGGGUCGAGGUGUCCUGGGUUCUUGUGCGUUGUUCGACGAGGUCACGAGGUGUCGUAAGAAGAGGAGACAAGGAAACGAGUGUCCAGUUCACAGAAUUGUUAGGAGGAAGAGUGAAGAGGGGAGGGACGCGAGGUGCGUGAAGAGAAGAGAGAGUCUACCAAUUUAGGAGACGGUUAGAUGGAAAUCCUGAAUGACGAUGAUACGGACGAGGGGAAUCUGUCGAAGGUGGGUUGAGUUUUUUCUGCUUCUUUUGGAGGUAGGAUGCACUCCAUGCUCACUGUUCGUUUCUCGAGAAGCCCAGCGUUGUAAGUUGUCCCUUUUUAUUCAUCAUCCCCUUGACCUUGUCCUUGGUUUCUUUAUCCCUGUGUGUCCUAUGCUUGCUUGCACAUGGCUUUCACAAGCAUAACAUCUUUUAGCACCUGUCCUAGGCAACUGCUGUGUGUUUGUGUCUAUGCCAAUCGGUUUAGCGAUCUAGGGAGCUGCAUUAGUUGUAGCCGAUUUGUGUCAUUUUCAGCGUAGUUUGUGGAUGGGGUCCGUUUGCAGCUCUGAGACUUGUUCGGAAAAUGUAGAUGUGGACACGAUGGAACUCUUUCCUUGGAGCGUUUGAGUAGUAGCUGCGGCUUCUGCAACAAGAGAGUUGAAAAACUUUCUUCCACUGCAGUUGCUACAAGCGCGGGCACAGAUGCAAAAUAGGUUGGGAAUUUGGAGGACUUCUGGGAAACAUCGCGUGGGGUGUAGAGUUCUGAGUUUUACCAAAAUCCAGGCAGAAUAUGGAGAAACAGGAGUAGCAGCAAGAACAGGGGGGGGGAACAACAUUUUGAUGCAUCGUAGACUCCAGUUGCUUUCAUGGUGCUGCUGCUUCAAGCUUUGCAAUUGGAAAGUUAGAAGCUGGGGCAUGUUUCAUGAAAGCCCGCUUUGGUGGAUCAUUGCUGUGAUGGAUCCAACUGGUGCCAAAGUGUAAGGAUAUCAAUGCUGGCAUGGAGGCAGAGGAGGCAGAGAGAGGAGGCAGAGGAGAGGGAUUCCAGACAAUGUAUCGAGUCAGUAUCAUCGAUAGGAGGAUGAGGAAAGGGGGUACAUUAAUGAUUGUCCUUCGUAGUGGUAGAUGCUGAAAGAGUACAAACUUUCUUCUCGUGAGAGCCGCAAGCGUGCAGCAUGGGCAUACUCAGUCUCCCCUCUUCGUGGUUCAGCGUAGGAAGGAGGAAGCGUAGGCCCUGCUGAUGGUGCAAAGAGGUGUUGCUUGCGCAAUCACCUGCCGAUCACCUGUCUGUCUUUCUCUGUUACGAUUGUUCAGAAGCUAUUGAAAGUUUGAAACGUAAUUCCGCCCAACACUAGACACAUACAGCUUGCUGCGCUCGUUUCGUAGAUGGGGAAUGGGUAUAGCUCUAUCCGGUCAUGCUUUGCCAUUCCAUCAUCUGCAAGCAUCUGGAUUAAGGUUUCUAAGAUUACGUCGGGCUUCUUGUUUUGUAUGUAGGAGAGCCGGAAUUCCACCUCGGCAGAGCUGGUGUUCUGAUUUUUUUCGCACGUUUUUGUGUCUAUUACCCUUGAUUAUCUGACUAAUUAGUAUCCUCUGUUCUGCAUAUUUGUUUCAGGCUGGUUGGCUCGCAUGCAGGGGUGUAUGACGGCGGUCAGUCAGGUUUCAAGUGUUGUGGCAGAGCUUUGGUGCAGCAAAUCUUCAUGUUCUUUCGAUGGCCUGUUUCUGCAUGGCUCCUUUUGUGCUGGGUGGGUAGGUACCUGAAUCAGAAAAUGACAUCUACUUGUGGAUGUCCUCUUUGAAAGUGUGUUCAUAUAGCAAUGUAUGGUGUGACACGAGGCAUGAGUGCAUGUGGUGCCUCGUAAGAGUCGUAACCUUCCCCUUCGCAGGUUGGGACUCUUGGGAUCAGUCCAAGACUGUCCUGGGGUUGGCAAUCGUUAUGCGGUUGGGCAAAACAUAAAACAUUGGGUCAAUCAAAAGCCUCAGUUGGGGCAGAAAGCAAGAGCAAUUCUUCUGCAGACUUCUGUCGCACAGCACGAUUCACGAGUGAUGAAAGUGAUGAUUGUUCCAGCCAGUUCUUUAAUUUGCUGCGUACAUUUUGGCCAGAGAGUGACGUAAAGCAGUGGUCGAUGUACCACACAAUAGGGCAUCUGUUAUUUGUGUGUGUCAAAACCACUCGUUCCCUUAGAAUAGCAUCAAUCCUCUGACGUUUGUGUUUCUCCCAGUUGCUCAAAGUGUG